AUGAAUUCAGUAAAUUCAGUAGAAUCAUUUAUUUCAAUGAAAUUAACGUAUUCGAGAAAACAAAUGAAGUAUCAACAAAAUGAAGAAAAUAAUCUCAAUCCCAAUAAAGAAGAGAACUGUUAUUUUUCUUUUUUUGUUUUUUUACACAAUUCUACAGAAAGAAAUGAACAAAAAAAGCAUGAAAAGAAGAGAAACUAUGUGGUAGUGGGGAAUCUUUCAACUUUCAAUUUAGGAGAAGCAUUCGGUGAAAACUGA